CGCGCCCCGCCGGCCCGGGCCGCGCAUCAUGGCGCUGAGCAAUUUCCUCUUCGCGCAGUGCGUCUGCUACUUCCUGGCCUUCCUCUUCAGCUUCAUCGUGGUGGUGCCGCUGGCCGAGAACGGCAACGACUUCCACGGCCGCUGCCUGCUCUUCACCGAGGGCAUGUGGCUCAGCGCCAACCUGACGGUGGAGCGGCAGCGCUUCACGGUGCAGGAGUGGGGGCCCGACUCCGCCUGCCGCUUCGGCGUCUUCACCGGGCUGCUCUCGCUGCUGCUGGCGGCCGCGCAGGCCUGGCGCACCCUCUUCUUCCUCUGCAAGGGCCACGAGGACUCUUUCUUUUAUGCUUUCCUGAAUCUGCUGAUCAGCGCCUUUGUGGUUUUUGUCAUCUUUAUUGCCAGCACUAUAGUGAGUGUUGGAUUUAACAUGUGGUGUGAUGCUAUUACCGAAAAAGGAAGCAUGCCAAAUAGCUGUGAAGAAUUACAGGAUAUUGAUCUCGAACUGAAUUUAGAAAACUCUGCCUUCUAUGACCAGUUUGCUAUUGCACAGUUUGGUUUCUGGGCUGCUUGGCUGACUUGGCUGGGGAUUACCAUCCUGGCCUUCCUGAAGGUUUAUCAUAACUACAGACAGGAGGACCUUCUAGAUAGCCUGAUCCAUGAGAAGGAGCUGUUGCUAGGAAGAUCCUCUUCACGAACCUCUUUGCAGGAUGAGAAAAGCGGCAUGAUCUAACAUGCUCCGUGCAGGUUGUAAAUUUUAUAAUUCAGCAGUGCAAGUUAAAGUCAAGUAAGUGAAUUGAGUGUGUGAGAUCAUUGCCUUUCUGAACAGAAAUUUAAUCUGGAAUUGCACAGUCCUUUACUAAGAAAUCAUUGAAAGACCUAUUUCUGUUGAGAUAUAGACAAUGAACUGUAUGCUGUACCAUUGAUUGACUUACUUUGUUGCGUGUAUUGGAAUCUGUUGCUAUUGGAGAUCUAACAUGCUUUGCUUGCCGGUUGUGAGAAGGGAAUUGUACUAGCAAAAUCAUGUGGGGUCAACCUUUUUGGCAGG